AUAAAUGAAAUAAUUGGCAUUCUAAUUUUCUACACAUUUCUAGUUCUUCUUCAAGUCUUGAGUGCCUAUAGUGAAUUAUUCAGAGACAAAAAACUCUUCUGCUUCUGGAUAUCAUAUUCUCCCUUUGUUGUAUUCGUAAAGGCUGAAGCAGUAGAAGAGUUAAUAUGCGGUACGAAAAUGAUGCAGAAAAGUUGGACCUACGACUUGCUUCAUCCUUGGCUGGGAACCGGACUUCUGACUAGUUACGGCCCGAAGUGGAAAUCUCGUCGCAAGUUAAUAACGCCAUCUUUCCAUUUUGAAAUCUUGAAGGAUUUUUUGCCCGUCUUCAACGAGCAAUCGCAUAUAUUCGUAAAAAUUCUAGAAAAAGAGACAAAAAAGCCAUGGACUGAUGUUAUCCUGCCCGUGACGUUAUGCACUCUUGAUAUUAUAUGCGAGACUACACUGGGAGUUUCCAUAUCAGCUCAACAAAACAGUGAUUCUCAAUACGUGAAAUGCGUUCUAAGAACAUCGGAAAUUGUUAUGGAAAGGAUGGUGAAUCCACAAUAUUGGGUAGAAUGGAUUUUUGGACUUACAAAAUGGGGUAGACAGUUCAGACGUGAUUUAAAGCUCUUGCACAACUUUACAAGAACAGUAAGAACGUCCAUUUACCUUUAUAUCUCAUAUUUUUCAAAUAAUGUAAGACACUGGCCAUGGGAUGUUGAUUUGUUGAGAUGUUGCUCCUGUGGCAGCUUCUUUGGCUAG